AUGAGAUUCAUUAGAGGUUCGAUCCACGAAUAUAAGAAUGAAGGAUUCAUACCUCGAUUCAAUUCCUUCUUCGUUCAUGGAGGUAGUGAGGGAAUGUAUGCUUCUAAGGUACAUAACAAUGGGUCUACCGAAGAUAAACCUAUAAAUGGCAAAUCCUUCGUACGGUUCGAGUCUAUCAUCUUUCGAAGACCAAAGGAGGUUGCUGCUAAACAGAACGAGAUGCAACAGAGUACUGGUUUGGUUGAAGCUAUACUCGUUGAAGUGAAAAACCGUGAUAAAAUUGGGGGUUCAUAUUUAAAUUCAAACGCGAUAUGUUGUACACCUGAACUAGCAAAUGAUGGUUCAUGUAAGGUAGGAGAAGUAAUUAUUCGCCAAGAUCCUGAUAACCCUGGCUGGCCUAAACGUAUUCAAACCCCAUUUGAGGGCAAAAAUGAAGAAGCAAAGAUGUUGUUACAAACCGUUGAGAUCAAUAGAACAGGAAUGUAUUAUCUUUACUUUAUGUUCUGUGAUCCACAACUCAAGGGCACAACAAUGAGUGGAAGAACAGUUUGGAGAAACCCAAAUGGUUAUCUACCAGGGAAGAUGACACCAUUGAUGCCAUUUUUUGGAUUCAUGUCUCUAACUUAUCUCAUUCUUGGUCUUUUAUGGUUUCUUCGAUUUGUUCAACAUUGGAAGGAUAUAAUCCAGUUGCAUUACCAUAUCACAAUGGUUAUUGGUCUUGGAAUGUGUGAGAUGGCUCUUUGGUAUUUUGAGUAUGCAAAUUUCAAUGCCACAGGAAGUAGACCAAUUGGAAUUACUCUUUGGGCAGUUACUUUCAGUGCUUUUAAGAAGACUUUCUCUCGCCUUCUUCUUCUAGUUGUAUCAAUGGGUUUUGGUGUGGUGCGACCCACUUUAGGAGGUGUAACAUUGAAAGUGUUGCUUCUUGGUUUGAUAUAUUUUGUGGCUUCUGAAGCUCUUGAACUUGUUGAAAAUCUUGGAAAUAUCAAUGAUUUUUCUGGGAAAGCAAGAGUCUUUCUUGUUCUACCUGUUGCUCUACUGGAUUCUUGCUUCAUUCUUUGGAUCUUUUCAUCUUUAUCUAAAACUUUGGAAAAGCUUCAGACACGAAGAAACAUGGGUAAACUUGAACUAUACCGAAAGUUUACUAAUGCUUUAGCUGUAUCAGUUUUAGUUUCUGUUGCUUGGAUCAGCUAUGAGUUGUACUUCAAUGCAAGUGAUCCCUUGAGUGAAUUAUGGCAAAGAGCUUGGAUCAUACAAGCUUUCUGGGCUGUGUUGGCUUAUAUACUUUUGGUGGUGAUAUGUAUUCUAUGGGCUCCUUCACAUAAUCCCACAAGGUAUUCGUAUUCGGAGGUUGAGGACAUAGAAGAAGAUGGAAUAUCUUUGUCUGGAGAGAAUGAUGCUCUCUCUCUCUUACUAUUAUUCUCAAGAAAAUAUAAUCAAAUGUAUGAAUGGCAUCAUCAUCAUCAUCAAAGUUCAAAGAAGUAGCAGCCUGUGGUUGCUUGAAGUGAAAAGUCAACUGAUGACAGGCGAUUUAGACACAUAUUUUUUAACCAAUUCAAUUGAUGUGGAUCAUUAUUAUGUAUAUUAUACAAGUGGUCUUGAUCCCUUGUGUUUUCAGUUGUUGAUUUCAUUUGUUAGUUUUCAAGUUUGAUCAUCCUCCCCCUUAGGAUGGAAGAAGAAAUGUUUAGUCUUUAGUAAGUUGACUGAAAUCUUAUGAGUGAGGAGGAUAAGGAUUGUUCUUAUAUGUAACAGGUUAUAUCUAAUUUCUUUUGACCCAUCACUUUAUAUCGUA